GAGGGCGUACGCAAUAGGCGUAGCGUGUUGAGUGUAAGAGAAUUGUAUCCAGAGAUAACGUUGGCGUAACUUCUGUUGUGAAUGAGCGUGUGCGGCUGUCAUUCGCAGGCCAUUUAAAUGUCUACGCAGUGUCAUUACCGGAGUUGUGUGCAGUGUACAUCUGACCGGGGCAGCCCAGGAGAGGCCUCAUCAUGAUUAAGGAAGAGGACGAGGAUGGGAACGGCCAGCAGGGAGAUGAGCAGCUCCGCUGCCGGUAUGAGGAGCUGUGCAGCAGUCUCAAUAUGGACGAGAGGGCCCGUGUGGAGGCCUGGGAGAGCUACGCUAGGAUCAGUCAGAACUACACUCUGGAGGGAAAUGCCCUGCAAUGGUUGGCUUGUGCGUUAUAUGUAGCCUGCAGGCAAACCGUGCCAACUGUGGGCAAAGGGACAGUGGAAGGAAAUUAUGUUUCGCUGACCAGAAUUCUGACCUCUUCGGAACUAAGCUUGCUUGAGUUUUUUAAUAAAAUGAAGAAGUGGGAGGACAUGGCCAAUCUGACUGCAGAGUUCCGUGAGAGGACAAAGAAGCUUGAGCGGAAUUUCACAGUCACUGCUGUACUCUUCAAAAAGUAUGAUCCCAUCUUCCAAAUGAUCUUCAAAAGCCCACAGGAAGAACAGCCACGGCAGCACAGAGGCCGGAAACAAAGGCGUCAGCCUUGCACCGUGCCUGAGGUGUUUCACUUCUGCUGGGUGCUGUUCAUCAACGCCAAAGGAAACUUUCCAAUGAUAAGCGAUGAUCUAGUGAAUUCUUACCACCUCCUGCUCUGUGCUUUGGACCUGGUUUAUGGGAAUGCAUUGCUGUGCCCGAACCGUCGGGAGCUCUUGAAUCUCGACUUCCAAGGCCUUCCUGAGGAUUUCUCCAGUAAGGACUUUAAGCCACCUACCGAGCCACCCUGCAUCAUCGAAACGCUUUGUUGCCUACACCAAGGUUUAAUUCUGGAAGUUAAGGGCAUUAAAGAACAUUUCUGGAAACCAUAUAUAUAUAAGCUCUUUGAUAAAAAGGUACUGAAAGGAAAAUGCGAUUCUCUUACUGGAUUUCUGGACCCUGGAAAUUUUGACAGCAGUUUGAAAGCCAUUAAUAAGGUCUAUGAGGCUUUUGUGCUCUCGGCUGGGCAUCUGGAUGAGAGAGUCUUCCUGGAGGAUGCAGAGGAAGAAAUUGGGAGUGUUGUCCGAUGUCUGAAUCCCGAUCUGGGAACAGAGUCUGCUGAGAGGGCCCAAGUUUCGUAUCAUUUACAACAACACUUUGAUAUGAUGAAAUCCCUUAGAAUUUCUACUCCACUUACAAGUCUGAAGUAUGUAAAAGAGAGCAAUCCAUACACCACGCCUGUCUCCAGUGCCACGUACAGUGUCAGUCGUCUGUUUGCCAUCCUCUCAGGACUAAAACCAGCCCCCAGUGAGAGUCUGCUCCAGAUCCUGCGAUCCUACUCCAGGAACCCCAUACAGGCCAUUUCCAGGUGGAUUAAAGAAAUGUUUGAAGUGUUUUGUGAGAAAACAGUGUCUGAAGGAGGAGAAAUUCAAUAUUGUAAAGAUAUUGCUAAGAAAUACUUCAGGCUGGCGGAGAUGUUGUAUUAUAAAGUCCUGGAAACCAUCAUUGAGCAGGAAAGGAAACGACUGGGAGAUGUGGAUCUCUCUAGUAUUUUGGAUCAGGAAAUCUUCCACAAGUCCUUAGUGGCAUGCUGCCUUGAAAUAACCAUCUUCUCCUAUAAACCCCCUGGAACCUUUCCUCAAACUAUGGUCAUGUUUGACUUAGCACCCUACCAUUUUUACAAGGUGAUUGAGCUCCUCAUUAAGGCAGAAGAUGGCCUCUGUCGAGAGGUGGUAAAACACCUGAACCAGAUAGAAGAGCAGAUCCUGGAGAGCAUGGCGUGGGCACACGACUCCCCAUUGUGGGACAAAAUUAGGGACAACGAUGGCAAAGUUCCACUCUGUGAAGAGGUCAUGCACCCGCAGCAUUUUGAGAGGUCUAUCAGUAACAGCACAACAAGCUCAUCAACCCCUCUUACCCCAAGAAGAGUGAAUGAGAUCCGGGCAGAUGCAUCUGGCCUAGGAAGAAGCCUCUCUUCCUCACCCACUUUGUGUGAACGGUAUAAUUCUCCCGUCGCUGGGACAGUUCGCCGACGCCUCUUCAGAGACACCGAAAGCCCAUCUGAUGGGGGAAGUCCAGCACAAGCUUCUCCGCACUCCUCUUCUGAUGCAAGUACCCCCCCUGUUCCUGGCCAGACGCUAGUAACCAUGGCAACUGCUACAGUGACUGCAAAUAAUGGGCAAACCGUGACAAUCCCUGUGCAAGGUAUUGCCAAUGAGAAUGGAGGGAUCACAUUUUUCCCGGUGCAGGUAAAUGUGAGUGGACAAGCUCAUGGGGUGACCAGUUCCAUCCAGCCACUUACAGCCCAGGCACUUGCUGGACCAAUGAGCACCCAACAGAUGCAGGUUGCAGGACAAGUAACUGUCCCAUCGGUCCCAGCCUCUCCAGGCCAGCAGACUCGCAACAGCAAACUAAAGAAGGUUGGCUCUCUAGCUCUCUUCUUCCGCAGGGUUUACCAUUUAGCCAGUGUUCGCCUUCGUGAUCUUUGCCAUAAGCUAGAUAUUUGUGAUGAGCUUCGGAAAAAGAUCUGGACUUGCUUAGAGUUCUCCAUUGUGCACUGUUCUAGCUUGAUGAAGGAUCGGCAUUUGGACCAGCUCUUGAUGUGUGCAGUGUAUGUGAUGGCCAAGCAGGUGACAGAGGAAGAUCUCUCUUUCCACAACAUCAUAAAAUGUUAUCGUACCCAGCCUCAUGCGCAGAGUCACGUUUACAGAAGUGUACUCCUAAAAUCAAGAAGACGGCAACAGUCUGGGGGCAGUGAGCAUGCACUGUUGGCCUCCCCAGCAGAGAAUACAACAGACAUCGGCAGCAGAGAGCCCAGUCCCGUAAUGCGAUCGAGUAGCACUUUACCUAUACCCCAGCCCAACAGCGGCCCACCAACACCUAUAACUGGAGCCAGCAGCGAUAUGGAAGAGGAGAGAGGAGACCUUGUUCAGUUCUAUAACAACAUCUACAUCGGAAAAAUGAAAAGCUUUGCUAUGAAGUACUCGCAGGCUAACGUGGACAAAGCAACUCCGCUCUCCCCUUAUCCAUCUAUGCGGAUCCUGUCCCCGCGCCGCGUGCAGCUGUCUCAUAGUCACCCCAUCUACAUUUCACCACACAACGAAGAUACCACCACCUCAUCCCCUAGUGAAAAGAUCUGUUACUACUUUAACCUCAGUCCUGCAAAGAGAUUGCAAGAGAUUAACAGCAUGAUCAGAACGGGAGAGACCCCAACCAAAAAACGGGGGAUUGUAUUGGAAGAUGGGAGCGAAUCUCCGGCCAAGCGGAUAUGCCAAGAUAACCACAGCGCCCUCUACAGGAGACUUCAAGAUGUGGCGAAUGACAGAGGAAAUCCCUGAGCUGAUGGACACUGCAGUAUUUUGUAUAAUAUAAAUAUUUUGUAAGAUUAUGUAGCUCAAGACGCCAGGACUUUGCCCUGUAGUGUCUUGCUCAACCAUCCAGAAGUCAUGGAUUGAAAUACUGACAAUAGGAGGCAGCGACAAAAGACACGAGUGAGCACUUAUGCAGUCAAACUGCCCAUAGGUUGCACUAGAUAUGUAAGUUUACAUAAACACGUCUCAGUGAUUAGCUAAUGAACACGACAGAAAAUUAUGUUAAAGAAAUAUUAAUAUAAUAAUUGCAGCUGGUUGAAUCAAUUGCUCACUCUAUAAUCCUGGAGUGAUAUGAUGUUUUAUUCCAAUUACAACUCAGUGAGGGAGCUAUUCAAUUCCUGGGGGCCCAGCUCCGCGCUGGUCGCGAGUGCCGCAUUCUCACCCCCAAAUGCAGUGGGAUUAGCCAUGUAAAGCAGCUUUUCCUGUGCAACACUUUUCCUGUGACUUAACUGCAGUUAAGUCACUCAAAAGUCCUAAGGAUUUCUGCUCGCACCUCAGGAGGGUGUGAGCAGGAAUCAGCAAAAACAAUUGAAUAGCUGCAGUCUCUUUGGAUGAGAGAUACAGGCGCGAGAAAACAAUUGAUUCCCCCCAGAGAUUUAAAGGAGGAAGCUAAGUGACUGCAGAUUGUUAUGCAGGACAUGAGACAUUUCUCACACCAAACAGUCACCGAUGAAGCAGCCUGCACUCUCAUUGUGCUAACUCAGUCACAGUUUACCAAACUAGCAUCUAAAAUAAAAAUUAAUUUUUUAUAACGGUUUCGUGGUUAGUUAGAGAUCUUAAUAAAACCCGACAGAGCUCAGUGCUCUGGUUAAUUUGUUACCUUCCAUAUUAUUAAUGCAUCUUUUCUACAGAAGUGGUUUCUCCUUACCAGAAACAAACCAGUUAAGUUAUAUUAUUUAUUUUUCACCUUCUGUUUUCAUCGACCCUCGAUAAGUGACAUAUUCAUAACCGAAGUGUUAAAAGGAAAAAUGAAAUUAAAUCCGAAAGCACAUUUUAAAAUACCUCUCAAAUCGACAUUUUGAAUUUAUAAUAAAAGUAAAUCAAUGUUAAUGUACAUACAUGUUAAUGUUUUAAAUGUUUUGCUGUACAAGAAAGCUUGUUAACGAAAUAACACAUUGUACAAAAUUA